ACAGCUGGGGGCUCAGGUCUCUGUUGCUUUUAUUUUGGAGGUCAAAAGCUGAAAAGUUUGGGAACCACUGGUCUAGGUGAUAUAAAUAAACCUUAUAAAGAGUAUAAAAUGAAAAUAUAGACAGUAUGCUUGGGUGUUAAGUAUUGUAUAUAAAUAAAUAAUAUAUCCAAGAUAAUUGAAUGAUGUGAAUUUCCCAAAUAAGAUGAUAAAAGAUGAAAUGUUGCACAUUGGAGUCGUCUCCUUAAUUAAAAAGUACAGAAUAUAAGUUUCUGUUGAACAAAACUGAAUCUGUAACACAGAGUUAAAAUCCAAAAGGUGUAAAACUAUAUCUUAUAUAAAAUAAAGUGUUUAAAACAUUCUGUUUACUGUAGCCAAAUAGAAAAUCUAAGCAGAUAAAAUGUCUCUAAGCUCUGCUUUAUUCAACAAAAAGAAUGAUUUAUUGAUUCGUGCAUUUGGAAGUAGAAAAGUAGGAACUUCAGACCUUCUGCAGUUUUUAUAUCAAACUUCUGAGAGGUUGAAUAUUGAAACAAAAGAGGUGUGGAGCGGAGGGAUACCAGGAAAKUCUGAUUUGCCUUUCAAAUAUUGGACGCUGACGUUUUGAGUAAUCAGAAAAGAUUUGUUCUACGUUCUACGAUUGAAACAACAAAUCAACAAGAAAAAAAGGUUUUCUUGUCAUUCAUGAGGUCUUGUUAGAUAAACCUGCAGAGGAACAUUUUUUGUAUUUAUACUAUGAACAAUUAGGAGAAGUUAAACCUCUUAGGUGGAAACUCGACACCAGGAAGUCGAAUCCUGAAACUAAAUUCUCGUGUUUUUGUUGUUAAAUCCUCCUAAACUCAGACAAAACUACAACCGAAUCACAUGAUCGCAUCUUUAACAUGAAAAUAAACUUUAUUAGUUCUGAAUUUAAAUCCUGCAUCGUGUUUUAUUCAAACAUUUUCAUCUGAUCUGAUUUGUUUUAAACCAGAACCCAGAAGAUUCAUGAGAUUUAUCGAUGACUUGUUUUGGCAGAUUUUAGAGGAAAAAAUGGAUCACGUUAGAAGAACGGAACGAUUCAUCCCGACACUGAAAGGUUUUACCCAGAAACAGAUUCACAGGUCCUGAUGAAGAGUUCAGAGGUCUGAGCUCCCGGUCCAAACGCUGACCAGGUGGUCGUUUACAGGAAGCUACAUUUACUCAAUGAGUCAAACUUUAUUUAAUGUCUCAUUAGAGCUGAUAAGUCAGGAAUGUUCCAUUGRGAGAUUAUUUAAAAACCCUUUAGAAGUGGGCCCCACCAAGCAUCUGGUUCUGCAAUGAGCCCAAAACCACAUUUUUUUCCCCGGACGAUGACUCACGCUCUCCAUUUCUCCUAAAAUGUUUGUCCUGCUCACAGCAACAAGGAAACCUCUCUCCUUUUCUGUUUUUUUUUUCUUCUUUUGGAUUCUCUUCUUUUCUGAACAACUUCUGUGAAUCUUUCAGUUUUCUGUAGCUCAUCCAGUGUGAAGUGUUUACAUUUCUGACCACAGUUUCUGUUUAUCCUUCAGUCCUGCAGAUAAAAUCACACAAACUGAAUGAGACAGAACCUUACCUGGAGCUGAAGCGCCGCUCAGAAGCUCGAUUUGUCAACGCCGACAGGAGAAGGAAAAACUUGCCAAACCAGACCCGGCGCCUGCUACGUCAUGACAAAAACACACAUGAACAUAAAAGCCUCGUCCUGUCUGACUCUAGCAGGGAGUCAACUUCCUCCCAUCAUCCAUGCUCUGUGUCACUAGAAGCGUCCGGAUUUUUCCUGAAAUUUCUGCAUUUUGUUAGCUUGAAGCUAGCAGGUUGUGUCAGCCGGGACCCAGAACCACAGCAGCAUCAUCAUCAAUGGUGUGUCUACAUCCGAGAGCCGUCACAUUUUCCUGUGUCCGCUCAAUGAACUAUCUCCUCAGCUGUCAGCGCAGCUGCACAUGUAUGGCGUUUGCGAGGCUCGGAGGAGAGUUUUGCCAAGCUCAGCACCUGCUGCUCAUUGUGGACAAGUGAACAGGAAGACCAGGCACAAUCACUGCCAUUCGCACACAAACACAGGUCCUCGCUGCCAUCCUGUCGAACACAUAUGAAGACAAGCCAACCAUCAGUCUGUGACCUGUCCUGGGAGAAGGAGAGGCGUCGGUUACAGCCUGCGAGUUUCCCCUCUGCUCACCUCCUUUUUAAAUUUUUCUUCUGUUCAAGUCUUUGAUUUGGCUGACAGAUUGGAAACGCUGAAGGAGAAAAUUUAAUUUAGUCUCUCAGUUAAUCUCACUCUAAAUCUGUAAGAUCUAAACUUUGGCCAAAUUUAGUUUUAUUGCCAAAAUAUUUUUUUCACCACUUCACCAAAUAGAGGUUAUUCUCAGKCCUUAAGUCAAAUAGAAUUUUUAGAUAAAGAAGUUGUUUUUAAGUAAGUGAAAGCAUUUUUUUUUACUAGAAGACCUUUUUGUUGUUACGUUUAUUUUUUGAAGCUCCUUGUACUGUUAUAGUAACGAACCUUUUGAGUGAUUCAAAAUGAACCGGCCGGCUCCAGUCGAGAUCUCCUAUGACUGCCUGAGAUUCCUCAUCACGCACAAUCCCACUAARCCACAACUGGGAAAGUUUAUAGAGGAUUUAAAGGCGUUUGGAGUCAACACCCUGGUUAGAGUGUGUGCUGCCACYUAUGACAAGACCCCGGUGGAACAAGAAGGAAUACAAGUCCUGGAUUGGCCAUUUGACGAUGGCUCCGCCCCACCUGACCAGGUGGUUGAUGAUUGGCUGAAUCUGCUGCAGGUGAAAUUCAGGGAUGAGCCCGGCUCCUGUGUGGCAGUGCACUGCGUGGCUGGACUGGGACGAGCUCCUGUGUUGGUGGCCUUGGCUCUAAUCGAAUGUGGAAUGGAAUAUGAAGACGCAGUGCACUUAAUAAGACAAAAGCGACGCGGUGCUUUGAACGCCAAGCAGCUGCAGUACCUGGAGAACUACAAGCCGAAGCUUUGCCUGCGCUCCAAAGAUGCAAACGGACAGAACUGCUGCUUGCAGUAGGAUUGCUAAAGCAAAACAGAAAAAACAUGAAGGUGGUCAGCUUUUCUUCUCCUCUUCGGUUCGCAACUUUACUCAAACAUUUAGCAGAGACCCAUACAAGCUUAGCAAAGUUAAACCAAAAGCUUCUUUUUUUAUUUUAUUUUCUUUUUUUGUCUGUGAAAGUGAAAAUCAUAUGUUUCAUAGUUCUCAGUUUAUUGAAGCAGGUUCAGCUCAGAUUUCUUGUUUUGGGUCGAUUCUUCUGUAGUCCGCAGCUACUUAGUUGUUUCCUGUUUGAUUUAAAACGCUGAAUAAAUAGUUGGCAGUUUGUGAUUUAAUUAGCUCACACUGAUUUACUUUAAUCUUUUCUUAUUAGUAAAUUUAAUGUCCUGCAAUCAAAAUUAGCAACAAGUGGCAAAAAGAAAAAAAUUAAAGUGUUCGGAUUAAAUUAAAAAAAAAAUCCUGAUUUUAAAGCAAAAUUGAGUUAUUCUGUAUUUAAGAUAAUUAAAACUUGUUACAUGUUAAAUGAUUUCUGACUGAACUAUCUGUCUUUGUCCAUAAAUGUGAAUCUUUUUGUCUAAAUAAUUUCACCAAAGCAACAAAUCAUGUUUAACUGGAAAAAAAGAUGGAGUUUGACAAAUGAUCCUGUUAAAACCUGUUAUGUUUAAUUUCUGUAUUUUAAUGUUUUUACUUCAUCGUGACAGUUUGUGGUUGUUAAUCCUGCAGGAUAAAUGAUCUAUAUGAAGGUAAAAACGUUAGAAACAUAAGAACCUGUUAUUUUUCAUUCAUCUUUGUUUUCUUGUUACAGCAACAUGGAAACAGCUGGACUUUAGUGGCCAAAGUUCUUCUUUUUCUGGCUCUAAUAAUUAAUAAUUAAAUAUUCUCUUGUUCUCUGUGCUGUUAUUAUUUUUCUUUUCUUUAAACCUUGUAUCUCUGGUCUUAUUUAUUGAUUUCACCAUGUCUUUGUGAAAUGAUACACAAGCUCUGUUCGUGUUGGAUAAUUAAAGUGCUUUAGUGUCGCA